UUUCCAGUUCUAAACAGUUAAAAAAAGAGAGAAGAAUGAAGCUUUGGCUUCCAAAGUCCCAUGCAUUCAUGGCCACACCAUUGGCUUUCAGAUCAAUAAGAAGGGCUUGUUUUGCAUCUUCUGGUCUCAAAUGGGAAGGUGGGGUCUCCAUGGUUCAAGGAGCUUCUAGAGGAAUUGGCCUUGAAUUUGUUAAACAGCUUCUGGAAAAAAAUGACAAAGGGCAUGUUAUUGCUACUUGCCGAAAUCCUAAUGGGGCAACAGGACUUGUUGAUUUGAAAAAUAAGUUUGCUGAGCGCCUUAACAUUAUGCCAUUAGACCUGACCAUUGAAAGUACUAUAGAGGCAUCUGCAAAGUUCAUAAGGGAGAAAUAUGGCUCUCUGAACCUUCUGAUUAAUGCAUCAGGAAUCCUCUCAAUACCAAAUGUGUUGCAACCAGAAACAACAUUGAGCAAAGUAGAGAGGUCAUCCUUAAUGCUGGCUUAUGAGGUCAAUGCUGUGGGUCCUAUUCUAGCGAUCAAGCACAUGUGGCCUCUUCUGAAGGCUGGAGGAGGCUUUGGAACUGAAAGAGAUGUUGCAGUGGUGGCCAAUUUAAGUGCCAGAGUUGGAUCAAUUGGAGAUAAUCAUCUAGGUGGUUGGCAUUCAUAUCGAUCUUCAAAGGCUGCUCUGAAUCAGUUGACAAAAACUGUGUCGGUGGAGUUUGCGCGAAAAAGGGAUCCAAUAAUAUGCAUCCUUUUGCACCCAGGCACGGUAGACACAGAUCUCUCUAAGCCAUUUCAGAGAAAUGUCCCCGAUGGCAAGCUUUUCACGAAAGAGUUUUCAGUGCAGCAGCUCUUAAGCAUCAUUAAUAAUGCAAAGAGCCAUGAUAAUGGCAAGUUUUUUGCCUGGGAUGGCCAGGAAAUUCCUUGGUAAUUGGCUAUUGUACUGAAUUGAAGUCACUAUUUUUGUUACCACGCAACUCGUAUAUGUCCUUACUUCGUUGAUCAUAAAUUGAUUUGACUGAGUGAUCCA